UUACUGAAAUUCUGCAGACUCAGAUAAACUCAGAUAACAACAAAAGCAAGUUUGUGUUUAUGAUCACUGACAUGAGGUAUGAAAACAUUUGAGUUCGUAUACUCAAAAAACUAUUUACAUUGUAUUCGUUUCCUUUUUGUUGGUUUCCAUUCUGUUAAAAAUCAUAAAGUGUUUUGCUUUUGUUUGUUGUGGUGUAAUUGAACCACAACAUCUUUGCUUUUUUUAUUGGUAGCAAAAUUGUCGUGCAGUGUACACUAUGGGGUAAUUUUGCAUUGCAAUUUUAUGAAUACUACAAGAACCAUGGGGAAGAUGUGAACAUUGUUGUUCUAUUACAAAACGCAAGGAUAAAGGCUGCACAAGGAGGUUUUCCUUUAAAUGUAUCCAAUGCUUGGAGUGGCACAAAGCUGAUCAUUAAUGAUAUUAGUAAUGUUGAAAUUAAGAAGCUGAAGGAUAGCCUAAAUGCUGAACUGCCAAAGCUUUCUUCAUCAAGUUUGCAAGUUGAAACAACUCAAACCUCACAGUAUUCCGAUUUUGAUAAAUUUAUAUGGAAGGCCGAAGUCAUUAGUUUGGCUGAGAUCGCGAUGCUUAAACAAGAAACAACAUGUGUCACCAUAGCGAAGUUGGAGAAGUUUGAAGUUGGUAAUUCCGGUUGGUAUUACGAUGGUUGUGCCGAAUGUACCAAGAGCGUCGCUGUAAAAGAUGGCAAACUUAAGUGCUAUGCAAAUCACAUAAGUUCUGAACCCGUGCCAAGGUACAAGCUUGAAGUGUUGGGAGUUGAUGGUAAAUUCAAGUCCCAUUUCGUCUUUUGGGAUAGUGACUGUUUCAAGUUAAUUGGAAAAUCUGCUCUACAGAUGAAAAAUGAAUUAGUGGAGGCCGGUGAAGACAAUCCGUUAGAAUUCCCUUUUGGUCUUGAUGCUAUGUUGAAGAAGGAGUUGGCAAUUAGAGCUGUUUUUCAACCGAAAUUUAAUCGUCUUUCGGUUAUUAGCUUUAAAGACGAUGAAGAUUCACGUAAGAAAGUUAAGGACACCUUCAAGUCUCAUGAGGAUGUAUCGAAAAUUCCAAUUUCAUUGUCUUCCUCACAAGAUGAUAUGAAGAGUUUAUCGGAACCUUUAUCUGUAUCUGCUGAUUUCGACCCCAAUGCUGCGAAUUCUGUGAUGACCCCCUGUAAACGUAUAAAUCCUGAAGCGUCAGAAGAUGUUGAAAGUGUUCAACUUUCCUCUACGAAGACGAUGAAACCUGUAAAAAAGGAAGAUGGUCGAUAGAUGAUGAUUGAGUUAUUUGUAAUAUUUCAUGGAAUUUCAUAGUUUUGAUUUUGUUAUAUUUUAGUUUUAAAUCGACAAAUGUUUCAAGACAAUCCAAACUAUUUGGAAGUUGAUUUUUUGUCUAUCUUAUGCGUUUCAAUUAUGAUGUUUUUGGUUC